AAACCGGAAGCGACUCUCUGUUUAUCGUACUCCGAGCGAAAAUGGAGACUCAAAGAGAAGAACACCACACCGCCCCCGCCACCGCCACCGCCGCCAACUGGAGCGAAGAAGUGGAGGACCUGGUGUCCGCCGGCGAGGUCUCCUCGGCCAUCGCCUUCCUCGAGUCCCUCGUCUCCAGGCUCGAAUCGCGGCCGCAACAAGAGGAGGAGGACCCGUCCUCCGCCAAUCUCCAAUUGGCCUCCGCCCUCGCCGAAUUGGCCCGCCUCUACUCUUCCCAGGGCUUCUCUCUCAAGUCCGAUCAGCUCCUCGCUCGAUCCUCGGCCCUCAAGGAACGCGGCCGCCGGGGCUCUCCCUCUCGUGAUGCAGAGAUCGCAGCGGAGGACUUGAAGGACGAUCGAGGCGCAUCGCCGAGUGCUGCCCUGACCUGCAUUGACUCCUUGGGAUCUUCCGCCGAAGGGCACGUUCAGCAUCCGACGAUCGCGCCUGAUGAUGAAGCAGCUUGCGAUGCAACUUCAGAGGAUGACUGGGAAGCUAUGGCAGAUCGUUCGCCAAACGAGUUACUCCCUGCAGAAUCCUUACCUGAAGUAUCAAAGCUUUCUCUGGAAGAUGGCAAAAAUACUAAAGCCCCUAAAAGGCGUGGGAGGGGCACUUUUACUUAUAAGAAAGAUGAAUUGUAUAGUGAUCGGGUAUCAAAUGAUUUGACCAUUGAUGAAGUGGAUGACGAAGGUCAAUCUCAUAAUUCAGAAGAAAAGCCCAUAUUGAGACCCUCUAAAUAUGGCACUAGUCAUGUUCUUGUUCUCGCUGGGUUUCCUCCAAGCACUAGAACAACAGAGCUAGAGAAGCUUCUCGAGGCCUUCAGAAAUCAAGGGGUAGUGAUUCGUUGGGUCAAUGAUACUACCGCUCUUGCAGUAUUUCGAACACCAGUAAUUGCACUUGAGGCUCUUAGCAGUAUUCAAUUUCCAUUCACUGUACGAAUACUGGAGGAGGAGGAUUCCCUCUUGAGUUCAAUUCCAGCAAUGGACUUGGAACCUCCAAAGCCAAGGCCGCAAACAUCUGCCCGGACUGCUCAGAGGCUCAUUGCUCAGGGAAUGGGGUUGAAGUUGCCUCUCUCAUCCUUUGGUUCAACAGAAUUUAGGAAACAGGAAGAAGCCAGAAAGGACCGCAUUGUGAGGAGGCAUCAACUGAGGGAUGAUGCUUGGGGUGAAGACUGACAAUUGAGAUUUCAAGUGAUCGAUGAGUUUUCUAAAGACGUGAAAACACAUGUUUACCUACAUCAUAUAUAGCACUCGCCUGAACGGAUCCUACGUUUGGCAUGUCGAAGGUGCCUGGUGCAUCUUUCGACUCGUUUUCCCAGCUGAAUCACAAAGGCAUUUUCACCACUCGCGCCAAAAUUUAUCCUUCCCAGA